AUGCCGCGAGCUACGAGGUCGUCUGCGAGAACAUCUGCGAAAAAGUCGCAGCCAAAAGAGGAGGUUGUGAAGGAACCUACGCCGGUCCAAUCGGAUGCUUCAGAUGCUGACGAAACGAUGCAGGAUACGUCAGCGGAGACGAACGGCGUUCAAGAAACGACCGAGAAUGUGGAUCAGGCGAUGAAGGAAGAGCAACCCGCAGCUGAAGUCGAACCCAGUUCAGAGAAGAUGGAAGACGAUCCUAUGACUGAAGAAAAUACCGAAGUCGAGAAGACAGAUGGGAAGGAAAGCAAUAAAAAGGACAAAGAAGAUGAAAAAGAGAAGAAGCGAGUAGAGAAAGAGAAAGAGAAAAAGCAAGAGGAGAAAGAGAAGGAGAAAAAGCAAGAGGAGAAAGAGAAAGAGAAAAAGCAAGAGGAGAAAGAGAAAGAUAAAAAGCAAGAGGAGAAAGAGAAAAGGCAAGAGGAUAAAGAGAAAAAGCAAGAUGAGAAAGAGAAAAAGCAAGACGAAAAAGAAAAGAAACGAGAGGAAAAAGAAAAGAAACGCGAGGAGAAAGAGAAGAAACAAGAUGAGAAUGUGGAGAAACAAGAUGUGAAAGAAGAGAAGCAAGAUGACCCAAUGGAAAAGGAGGAAGAGAAGAAGGACGAAGAACCUGAAGUUUUCAUUGAUCAGGACAGACGUUCCUUGAUGAAGAUGCCGACCAAGUUUCACCCAAAACUGCCCGAACUCGAGAAAUAUUGGAAGCCUGCCAAGGAUGACCCUACGGAUUUCACCGGCUGGACUUAUUUGCUGCAAUACGUUGAUCAAGGGGAAGAAGUUGACGCCGCAGUGGAAGUAUAUGAUUCAUUUUUGGAGCGCUAUCCGUUUUGCUAUGGGUACUGGAAAAAGUACGCUGAUUACUUGAAGAAGCGCUCAACUGCAGAAGAAGCAGAUAAGGUAUUUGAAAGAGGGCUCCAAGCCAUCGAGCUGAGCGUGGACUUGUGGAUUCAUUACGUGACUUACGUGAAAUCCAGUUGCGAGGACCACGCCGACGGUGAGGACCGAAUCCGCGUGGCCUUCGAGCGAGCCGUCUCCUCCUGCGGACUGGAGUUCAGGUGA